AUGGGUUCCUCAACCUCAAUUCUUUAUGUCCAAUCCCUCUUCCCCGCUGCAGCGAGACCGACAGCGAGGAGCUGCAGAGACGAGGAGGAUAAUAGCCGGAUACACCCCGAUACCGCUGCACCACACAAGUUCAUAAAGCCAGAUCAUUCUUACAGAAUACCCUUCUUUGACUACUACCGCAUCCGCAAUAUCCGCAUACAUCAACGGCCAUGGGUCGCCCGGAUCAUUGCCUACCUCCGCCAUCUCAUCCUUCAAUUCCUUCACCGGAGAGCCAAACUUGAUGCCCUGACGGGGUUCAAGGUGCUGCCGGUGACCAUUGUCACCCUGGGAACUUAUUUUCUGAUCUGGGGCUACAUACUGCAUCUCGAUGGCACCGUCCCCGACGUCGUGUCCCUGGCGGAGCAGGAGUCAUGGGGCGUGAGCGUGGAGGAGGCAUAUGCAGAUCUGGUAGCUCUGACAAAAAAGUCACAUCCGUACAAUAGCGCGCAGAUUGAUGUUGUUGGGAGGUGGCUAGUUGCGAGGUUGGAGCAGAUCAUCGGGGAGGGGGAGGGGGAGGGGAUGGGGGAGCGGGGGAGCGGGGGGGUGGAGCUGUUCGGUGAUGACGUGACUGGUGUAGGGCUGAAUGCGACAUGGGUGAGACCGUCGGAUGGGAUUGCGGUCUACUUUGAAGGGAGGAAUAUCAUGGUGUACAUUCAUGGCACCGACAUGGGUUUAUCACCUGCGCUUGUGAACGCGCACUACGACAGUGUUUCUACAUCACAUGGCGUGAGUGAUGACGGGGUAGGAGUGGUGACAAUACUCCAACUGAUUAAAUCCCUCACAAGGAGCGGCAGCAGACCCCAGAGGGGACUCAUACUGCUGAUGAACUGUGGGGAGGAGGACGGUUUGAACGGCGCAAGGGCGUUCGGGACUCAUAGCUUGUCUGGGCUCCCCCGCGGUGGUACCGGUGGCCGGGCGAUACUUUUCCGCGCGAAUGACACUGCUGUCAACGGUUUCUAUCAGAAGGUUCCAAGGCCACUAGGAAGUACGUUUCUCACUGAUGCGUACAAACUGGGCGCACUCAAGAGCGCAACAGAUUACGAUAUCUUCAGAGACGCUCUUCAUAUGAGAGGUCUUGAUGUUGCAUUUUACAUGCAUCGGAGUCGCUACCACACGCCUGAUGAUGAUAUGCCAUAUGCUAGUAAAAGAUCAAUAUCUCAUAUGCUCCUGACUGCCCUGUACACGGUCAAUGCAAUGACCACCGAUACAAGUCUCGACUACAACGAAAAUCGGCCGGGAAAGCCUGCGGUUUAUUUUGAUUUUUUUAAUCGUAUCUGGACAUUUUACGAAUUGAAUACACUCUUUGCCUGGUCCUUGACGCUACUUAUCGUUCCAGCGAUCGCUCUAAGUAUAGCAAUAUCUUGUCUUGGUGGAUUCCCCGGCUGGAAAAAAGCAAGAGGUUGGGCUUUUGCUGAGGUAUCUCCUGAAGUAGGUGCUGGUGGUGGAUAUUUCAUGAUGGCGUUAUACGUCGGUGCCUUCCUAGGGUGCUGUAUUUCCCUUUAUGAGCUAUUUAUUGUGCGUGAUAAAGGUGGUUUUAAGAAUGACCUACAGGAAGGAGAAAUUAAUACAUCUGCUUCCAACGAAUCUCCGGAUUUGCAACAAGCCAAUCUACAGACAGUUGCACAGAAAAUCGAUGGCCAAAAUGAGGAAGAAUCCUGGAGCGCCCUUAUGCCAAAUUGGACUUGGUUGGCCCAAUUCCUCCUUAUGGCACCAAUGUCAGUACUGUUCACUUUGCAAGUAGCACUCCUUGCUACUGCAACACUUAAACAAACCCUCUGCGACGGUGGAGAUACAACAAGAGCGUAUAUAUUUCUUGCCUUGAUAUCUAUCUUUAUUCUGCUUCCCCUCGGACCCUUCUUACACCGCAUAUGGUGUAGUGUCGCUCUACCCGUACUCCUGAUCUUUGUCACCACAGGCAUUUACAACCUCUACGCAUUUCCGUUUACCGCAGAUGCCAGGUUCAAAACUCAAUUCAUCCAGAGUAUCGAUCUCACUACCAGCCAAAACCGAGUAAAGCUAACCGGGAAUACCGGAAUCAUCAACUCAGUCAUACUGCACCUGCCCAGCACCUUCAACAAUCCUGUAGAAUGCGGUAAAGAGGCGCCCGGAACCCCUCUUUCAGGGCUGGUGCAUUGUACUUGGACUGGGCUAGCUCCAAAUGUCACAAGCGAUACAAGCAAGGUUUCAUCGUGGGUCGAACACAGCAUCGAAAAGCUAGCGGAUGGAAAGGCCCGGAUUGCGUUCCAGGGGAAGAAUACCCGCGCCUGUCGGCUAUUCUUCGAUAACAAGAAUGUCACGAGUAUUGAUAUCCUCGAUUCGCCAUCCAGGGCUUUGGCUCGACUCUUCCGGUCAACAGAUAACUUUAAAGAGGAUGAAGAGGUUGAGGUAUUCAAGAAGGGGAAGGAGUUGAAACGUGUAGUUGCCGGAGGGUUGGAGGGAAGGAUCGUAUGCUUGUGGAGUGAUACGAACGGGGAUGAGAUUCCGGCAUUCAAUGAGGUGGUAACGUACUUGCCACCCUGGGCAAUAGUUCUGGGAGCUGCUCAUGGACUUGUGGAGGGGACGGUGCCAUUUAUUAUUUAG